CUCGUGCUUUUUCCACACGAACAUUCCCACGCGGGAGGAGUUUUUUUCCACACGUCGCUGUGCCACGAAGACAGCGCCGGGCGCGGCGCGGCGCGACGUUUCCGACGGCUUCGGCCCCGGACUGCUACGCGCACCCCCUCGCUCGCGGAGCGGUUACGGGAGGAUAUUAGUGGGAAAAGGCGCUCUCUGACGGUUUCCGAGGAGAGCGGCCCGGGGCCUGGUGUUUGCCUGUGCUCCGUCUGGGUGGGCGCCCCGGCCCCAGGAGUCGCGUUGGGGCCCCGGCCUACAGGUUUGCCCCCGAGGAAACUCGCGGCGCAGCGCGUCCUGCUUUGCCCGACCGUGCCCUCCUCAAUAAACCUAGCAGCUGCUCCACCAAGAAAAUGUGGAAAGCAUCCUCUGCAAUAUGUUUGGGGACUAGCGAUUUGUGACAAAGGCAUGAACAUCUCUGAGGAGUGCGUGGAGGUGUUAAGAGAACACCUGCGACAGACAAGAAUCCUGUCCAGCUCACAAGAUAAAAUUUUAGUUCCUGAUUCUGGACCAGCAGUGGCAAAACCUCAGGUGGCUGUGGCUCCUGUGGUAAUCUCAAAAUUGUCUGCGAACGCACCUGAGUUUUAUCCCUCAGGAUACAAUCCAAACUUUGCAGAGCCUCCCUUUGAAGAUGGAUGUGAUGGCUAUCUGCCUUUGACAGAGUAUGUACAAGAUUUCCUAAAUCACCUCACUGAGCAACCGGGUUGUUUUGAAACUGAAAUAGAGCAGUUUGCUGAAACAUUGAAUGGCUGGGUCACUACGGAUGAAGCUUUGCAAGAACUCAUGGAACUCAUCUAUCAGCAGGCCACGUCUGUCCCAAAUUUUUCCUACAUGGGAGCACGGUUGUGUAAUUAUUUAUCUCACCAUCUAACCAUUAAUCCACAAAGUGGAAACUUCCGACAGUUGUUACUUCAAAGGUGUCAAACAGAGUAUGAAAACAGAGAUCACGCUGCAAAAGGCGAUGAGAUUACUCGAAAACAAUUUCAUGCCUUUGUGCUUUUCUUAGCUGAACUUUACCUUAACCUAGAGAUUAAAGGAACAAAGGGACAGGUAACACGAGCAGAAGUUCUUCAAGAUGGCCUUGGGGAAUUACUAAAUGCUCUCUUCUCUAAUCCUGUGGACAACAACCUGAUAUGUGCAGUGAAACUGCUGAAGUUGACAGGUUCAGUUUUAGAAGAUGCUUGGAAAGAAAAAGGGAAGAAUGAAAUGGAUGAAAUGAUUCAGAGAAUUGAAAAUGUUGUGUUGGAUGCAAAUUGCAGCAGAGAUGUGAAACAGAUGCUUCUGAAACUAGUAGAGCUCCGAUCAAGUAACUGGGGUAGAGUUCAUGCAACUUCUCCAUAUAGAGAAGCUACCCCUGAAAAUGACCCAAACUAUUUUAUGAUCAAUGCAGGCGUGUUACUAAAGUCUGAAAAGAAGUUAUUUGGAAUUGCAUUAUGGAUUGCUUUUCUGUCAUCCAAGAAACACUAUUUCUGUCUUUUAACCUGUGAACCUGUGUAUUUCGAUGAUAUUGAUGAUGAGAUGGAUCCUGAAAUUGAAGAAGCAUAUGAAAAAUUCUGCCUAGAAUCAGAACAUAAGAGAAAACAGUGA